UUCGUUAAGUUAAUAGUACUGUUAGGAAAUGUUAUAAAAGUAACGUUUAUAAAAUCAACGUGGACGUAACCUCAAGAGUAUUUGUUUUAUUUUGAAUUCCAUUAAUAUAAUUUUGAGCAAAUAUAUUCGUGGCAUUAACGUUUAUAUUUCUUAUGAUAAUAGUUUAAACAAGUUGAUUAUUUAAAUAAAAAAAGAAAAAUGUCUGAAUCAGAGGGAAGUAAUUUUUCCGAUAAUGAAAGUGAUCAUGGUGGUAGAGGUAGUGAAAGCGAACAGGAAGAAAAUCGUAGCGUUUCUCGUAGCAGAAGUCCUUCCAGAUCACCUUCUAGGAGUCCUUCAAGGUCUCGAUCACGUUCUAGAUCAGGAUCCGGGUCAGAAGAUGGAGACGAUAAAGCUGACGAAGCUGAAGAAGUUAGAUCCGACGAAGAAGAGGUUGUGGAACCAGAAGAUGAACCAGAAGGUGAAGAUCUGGAUGGCAGUAGCGAAUACGAUGAAGAAGAAGAAGAAGAUGAUGAUAGGCCUAGAAAGAAAAAGAAAAAAGAUAGAUUUGGUGGAUUUAUCAUUGAUGAAGCUGAAGUAGAUGAUGAAGUUGAAGAUGACGAAGAAUGGGAGGAAGGAGCUCAAGAAAUUGGUAUCGUAGGGAAUGAAGUGGAUGAAUUAGGACCUACUGCGAGAGAAAUUGAAGGAAGACGUAGAGGCACUAAUCUUUGGGACUCUCAGAAAGAAGAUGAAAUAGAAGAAUAUUUGAGGAAAAAGUACGCAGAUGAAUCUGCAGCUGCUCGUCACUUCGGUGAUGGUGGUGAAGAAAUGAGCGAUGAAAUAACUCAACAAACUUUACUUCCUGGAGUUAAAGAUCCUAAUCUUUGGAUGGUCAAAUGUCGUAUUGGAGAAGAAAAAGCAACAGCGCUUUUAUUGAUGCGAAAGUUUAUUACAUAUCAAUUUUCUGGGGAACCGCUUCAAAUUAAAUCAGUUGUUGUACCGGAAGGCGUAAAAGGUUAUAUUUAUAUAGAAGCAUAUAAACAACCUCACAUAAAAGCUGCCAUAGAAAAUGUAGGUAAUUUAAGAAUGGGAAUAUGGAAACAACAGAUGGUGCCGAUUAAAGAAAUGACUGAUGUAUUAAGAGUCGUUAAAGAACAGACAGGAUUAAAGGCUAAACAGUGGGUCCGAUUAAAAAGAGGCAUUUAUAAGGAUGACAUAGCACAAGUAGAUUACGUUGAUUUGGCGCAAAAUCAAGUGCACUUAAAAUUAUUACCAAGAAUAGAUUAUACUCGGCCUCGUGGUGCAUUGAGAACAGCUCAAAGUGAAUCAGAAGCUUUGAAAAGAAAGAAAAAGAGAAGACCACCUGCGAAACCAUUUAAUCCUGAAGCAAUUCGAGCUAUUGGAGGUGAAGUUACUAGCGAUGGAGAUUUCUUAAUUUUUGAAGGGAACAGAUAUAGUCGAAAAGGAUUUUUGUAUAAAAAUUUCACGACAAGUGCUAUUGUAGCAGAAGGAGUUAAACCGUCUCUUUCAGAAUUAGAGAGAUUUGAAGAAGCACCAGAAGGUGUUGAAAUAGAUUUAAGUGGAGCUCCAGCAACAGGAACACCUGCUGGAAAAGAAGAUCAAGCGGUAACACAUUCCUUCAGCAAUGGUGAUAACGUAGAAGUAUGUGAGGGUGAAUUGAUAAAUUUGCAAGGCAAAAUAGUCUCAAUAGAUGGAAAUCUAAUAAUGGUUAUGCCAAAACAUGAAGAACUGAAAGAUGCUUUAGAAUUCCGAUCAUGCGAGUUAAGGAAAUAUUUUGUUAUGGGUGAUCAUGUUAAAGUAGUUGCUGGAAGAUACGAAGGAGACACUGGUUUGAUUGUUAGAGUAGAACCAAACAGAAUUGUUUUGUUCUCUGAUUUAUCAAUGCACGAAUUGGAAGUGCUUCCCAGAGAUUUACAAUUAUGCUCGGAUAUGGCAACUGGUGUUGAUAGUUUAGGCCAGUUUCAGUGGGGUGAUUUAGUUCAACUUGAUGCUCAAACAGUUGGCGUUAUAGUUCGUCUUGAACGUGAGAAUUUCCAUGUUCUUUCCAUGCACGGUAAAGUAAUCGAAGCAAGACCACAAGGAUUAACGAAACGUCGAGAGAAUAGAAACGCAGUUGCGUUAGAUUCACAACAAAAUCCAAUACAAAAAAAAGACAUUGUUAAAGUAGUCGAUGGACCACACGCAGGAAGAGGUGGAGAAAUAAAACAUCUUUAUAGAAGUUUUGCAUUUUUACAUUCAAGAAUGUUCGUUGAUAAUGGAGGCAUAUUCGUAUGUAAAACAAGACAUUUACAACUUUCUGGUGGAAAUAAAUCAGGUGUUACAUCUAUGUCACCAAUCUCAGGCUUUAUGUCACCAAGAAUUGCAUCUCCGAUGCAUCCCAGUGGGGGUGGAAUGGGCCGAGGUGGUGGUGGUGGUGGUAGAGGUAGAGGUCGCGGUGGAGGUACAAGAAGAGACAGGGAGUUAAUAGGAACUACAAUAAAAAUAACUGGUGGGCCUUAUAAAGGAAACGUAGGCAUAGUUAAAGAUGCUACAGAAAAUACUGCACGCGUAGAACUACAUUCUACGUGUCAAACAAUAUCUGUGGAUAGAUCUCACAUAGCAAACGUUGGAGUACCAACAAAAGAUGGUGGUUUCAGCAGUUACAGUCGUACACCAGCAUAUACGGCUGGUGGACAAACACCAAUGUAUGCGAGAGAUGGCUCGAAAACUCCUAUGCAUGGAUCUCAAACACCUAUGUACGAAAAUGGUUCACGUACACCUCAUUAUGGCUCUAUGACUCCAUCCCAUGAUGGUUCACGGACACCUGGUCAGUCAGGUGCUUGGGAUCCUACAAUCACCAAUACACCUGCGAGAACAAACGACUUCGAUGGUUAUGGCAUGGAAGAAGCUGGUUCGCCAGGAUACGUAUCUGGUUAUCCUUCUACUGGUGGCCCGUUCACUCCUCAAACACCAGGUACUAUGUAUGGAUCUGAGCAAAGUUUUAGUACAUACCAACCCAGUCCUAGUCCUGCUGGUAGUGCGACUGCAAGUCCAAGUCCUGCAGGUUACGUUGCUACACCAUCACCAAGUGGAACUGGAUAUACUACAAGUCCUCAUGGAGCAUUCGCUACUCCCUCACCAAUGGGUUACAGUCCUAUGACACCAGGAGUAGCAGGAAGUCCUUAUAAUCCACAAACACCAGGAUCAGGUUUAGAUGCUGGAUCUGGUUCUGGAAUGAUUAAUAAUACUGAAUGGCACACAACAGAUAUAGAAGUACGAAUCCGAGAUUCUCAUCCGGAUCCUGCAUUAGUAGGACAGCAGGGUAUAAUAAGAGGAAUUUCUGCCGGUAUGUGCGCUGUGUUUCUACCCGUGGAAGACAGAGUCGUAAAUUUGGUUUGCGAUCAAUUGGAACCUGUAGUACCUUCAAGAGGAGACCGAGUAAAAGUAAUUGUUGGAGAAGAACGAGAAGCUGUAGGAACUUUACUUUCAAUAGACAAUCAGGAAGGUGUUGUUAAGUUGAACACCGACGAAGUCAAAAUGUUACAUUUACGAUUUUUAUGUAAAAUGAAGUCGUCCUAAUCUUUCCAUUUUUACUUUUACAAAAUUUGAAAGUAAUA